GAUUGCAGAUUAAUACUGAGAUCAAGAACGUCGCGCAUGUGGGGAUCUGGUCAACUUCAGAAGAUCAAUCCCCAAAGCAGCGACCCAGGUUAUUUUUAGGUGAUGCAUCUUUUUAAAUCUUCCUUGCUUAUGCGGAGUACAAUUGUUUACGGCAUACAGUACAAUACUAUCUCUGACCCGGUCUGGUUUUACUGGUCACUGGACCUUCUCAGCCUACACUUGCUCCUGGUAAUUAGGGUUGUUAAGGUAGUUGUUACUACCCUUACUCCAGGGAGUAAUAAUCAACCACUUGGGAGAGUGGGAGGGGGUUUCUUGGGCGUGUGAUACUUGGUUUCCGGAGGAGUUUGUUAAAAGAAGUUUCGGUAUGAGUUUGUUGCAUGGCGGUUUAGAUUAGUGCAACUGCGUCAGUCAUGGAGGGGAGAUGAGAAAGGUCGGAACUCCACCUUCCCAGACAGAUCCUUGCCUUCGAGCUCGUGUCUUUGGCGCAAGGACGCCAGGAAUCCACCGUGCGUCCGUGCGUGAUGCCUAAAGGAGGAUUCGUGUGGAGGGGUUCAUUCUGCGGGAAUGAAGAGGAUUGCAGUCGAGGGAUUCUUCUCUCGCCGCUGAAAUGCUGAUCGGUUUAUCUUACUCAGAGUGCCUGACGGAAAGAUCGCCGGAGUUGGCCUGGUUCCCCGAAGAUGGCGAAGCACGGAAGGCGCCCUGUAAACAAGUAUGCAUUUGCCACCGCCGUGCUCUCGACUGCGACGCCCAUCUUCUUGGGCUACGACCUGGCCAUGGUGAGCAGCACGGCCGUGCUCGCGGACGCCGACCUGAGGCUCCUGGCGUGCGUCGUGGUGCUCUCCUCCCUCGUGGGCGCGCUUACCGCCAUGGUGGCGCAGUGCCUCAUCGGUGACCGCCGCACUGUCCUCCUGUCGGCCGUGGUGCUCUGCGUCGGCGCGCUCACCAGGGGGCUCGCCGCUGGCCCCGCGGCGUUCACGGUCGGUGUCUUCAUCAACGGCAUCGGCAUGGGCCAGGCGCUCAUGAUCGUCCCGGCGUACGUCGCCGAGCUCUGCCCCUCCUCGCUGCGCGGCGCCCUCACCUCCCACCCGGACGGCUUCGUGUACCUCGGCUGCAUCCUCGGUUCCCUCUGCUACUCCACGGGCUUCGUGAAGCUCCCGGCGCACCUCGCCUGGUGGCUGACCAUGGUCUCCGGAACGGCCGUUCCGGCCUCGCUCAGCUUCGCCGCCCUUCUCAUGCCGGAGUCGCCCCGGUGGCUCGUGGCCAGGGACCAGAUGACCAAGGCCCGGCGCGUGCUCUCCAGGACGUCCGCGACGCAGGAGGAGGCAGAGCUCCGUUGGCUUGAGAUAAAAGCCGAGCACGGCACAGCACCGCGCGAUGGCAUCGAAGAGACGGUGGCGACGUCGGUGAGACGUAACCGGUGGAAGAAGGAGUGCGCGAUAUGGCGGGAGCUGCUGGCGAGGCCGACGGAGCCUCUCCCCCGCGCGGUCGUCAGCGCGCUGGUCGCCAAGGUCUUCGCGUCCGGCAUGGGGCGCAUGUCCCAGUACGUGCAGCGCGGCUUCCUCGACGUCGGCGUCUCGUCGGCCCGGCAGAUGCCGAGGGCGCUGCUGGCGUUCGGGAUCGCCGUGGUGAUGUCCUUCUCCGUGUCGCUGGUCCUGGUGGAGCUCGGCUUGCUGCUGGCGACGGCACUCGCAGGUAGCCGCGCGCCGUCCCACCUCCUGCCUCACCGCUGCGGCGGCCACGUCGGCAUGACCCGGCGGCAGGAGCAGCUGAAGCGGUCGAGGGGGCUGUCCGCGACCAUGCUGCUGUCGCUGAUAGCGCUGGUGUGGAUCGCGCCCGGGCCGGCGCAGUGGGCGGACGCGUCGUCGCCGUCAUCGUCCGGCAGCAGCCGGUGGCUGUGGGCGGCGGCGGCCAUGGUGAACAGGGCGUCGGUCUUGUGGAGCUUCGCGAGGGCGUACGGUGCCAGCUCCCUCCCCGUGCACGGGAGCUUGCUCGUUUGCCCCGCGGUCGGCGUGCUCGUGUGGUUCUUCUUUUGUGCGUGCCUUCUUGGCGCGAGGAGGAGGCGAGCCAGCUUCAUUCACGUACGGUCUUUCCCAAUAAGCACGUCCGCUGCUAGUCUAGCGAGCCUGGUCCACGGCUGAACGGGUGACGGCACCGGAGGCAAGUAGGAUGGGUUGCCGCCGGUCGUUGGCGGCACCAUGCUAGCGAUUCCAUUCUUGCAUUUCUCCUGUGCUAACGAGGACUGGAGUCUGGAGGGAGAGCAUGCAGUCGGUGUCUCGUGGAUGUCGCGGGGGGAUGGAAAAUGUUGGGAGCAAAGUUCCGAUCGGUCGUUAUCGCGUAAGCAUGAUAACGACGAUGGCAAUCUUCGUUGUCGGUGGGCAUUAAGAAACGGGAAAUUCUACUGCGUCUAGAUGUGCCUUGAUUUUACACUGAGAUUUGUGUGGGUAUUUUUUUUCCUUUUUUUUUGUUAUAUAUUUGAUUGGGUCAAUUAGUCAUACAACAACUAAGGCACAUCUAGAUGCGCCAUAAAACAGACCCGUUUACGGUUUUGACGAAACUAAGUAAUAGUAGUAGUAUCGAUCAAGAGGUAGGCGUUCACGUGUUUUUCUUUUGAGUCAACAUGCUAUGGAUGUAAAUAUUUUGAGUCAACUACGAGGAAAUUGUCUGCA